AUGGAAGCGUGUAACGCAACUCAAAUUCUAAUGGAGGCGAAUUUGAAGAUUUCAAAAGCUGAAGAUGAGCGAGAGAUAAAUGCUAUAGAGUUCAGAAGAAUCAUAGGAUGUUUGAGGUAUCUGCUUCACACAAGACCCGACCUGUGUUACGCAGUUGGUGUUCUUAGCAGAUACAUGCACAAUCCGAGAGACUCUCACAGACAAGCCAUCAAGCACAUAUUAUGGUAUGUGAAAGGAACAACAAACUACGGUCUGUUCUUCAAGAGAUAUGGGUCAAGGAGUGUCGUUGGUUAUAGUGACAGCAGUCACAAUAUUGAUCUCGAUGACGGGAGGAGGACGUCAGGACAUGCAUUCUACUACGGUUCAUCACUGAUCACUUGGACAUCGCAGAAGCAGCAGACAAUUGCAUUGUCAUCAUGCGAAGCAGAGUUCAUGGCGGCAACAGAAGCAGCGAAGCAAGCUAUAUGGAUCAAGGAAUUGUUGAGUGAGAUACUAAGUAAAGAAGGCGAGAAGGUCAAGCUUAGGAUCAACAACAAAUCAGCCAUUGCUCUAACGAAGAAUCCAGUUUUCCAUGGAAGGAGUAAGCAUGUACUCAAGAAGUAUCACUUCAUUCGUGAGUGUGUGGAAAAUGGGCAAAUCGAAGUGGAGCAUGUGCCGGGUGUUGAGCAGAAGGCCGACAUCCUUACCAAGCCAUUAGCAUGGAUUAUGUUCAAGCAAAUGAGGAACUUAAUCGGAGUUCAAGAAAUUGAUCUCCCUAAUUCAAGUUAG